GAUAUUCCCUAUAUACGCGCACUUUGGAGGAUACACAAUUAUAAUAUUUAUGCGUCCUCAAUAGGGAUUAAUAUUGUGAAUUGUAAUUCACCCUGUGAGUGAACCUGUUUGAGCGCGUUAGCCGGAAAACACAGAGCCUGGGUUUAUUGGCCUGUUUGCUUUAAACUGAUUUGUGUUUUAUUUGUGUCUCAUUUCGGGUCAGAUUUCUAUGCACUCUUUAGCGUUCAACUGUUAUCCCCAGGUUUUAAAACAAUGGAUUUCAAACCCCAUUUUUGCUGGAGGGGCUGGUAAAACGCAAGUGAAAAGUCAAGCAAGCAAGACAUUUUUUAAAAUUUGACAAAUACAAAAAAGGUUUAGAUUUGCUGACAGCUUGUGAAAUUGGCAUCAUCAUGGAUCCUGCGUCAGAUCAAACUCCAAAGGGUUUGAAACGCUCUCCAAAGAAAACGCCACAGAGCUCUGGCAAGCGGGAAAACAGCAAACACAGCAAUAAACCAAGUCUCCAGGAGGCUAGAAAUAAAGGUAGACGGAACCGAGGCAAAGCAGAAGAGGAGAUGACCAGCAAACUCAAAAUCAUGGAUUUGCACGACAAGCUGAAGGCAACCGGAACUGGCCUGGUUUACUCCGACGUCUUUGCCCGUUAUCACUGCCUGUGGGACUCCAGUCACCCCGAGUGUCCGGAGAGAGUGACCGCUAUAGUAGGGAUGAUGGAGACGGAGGGGCUGCUGUCUCGCUGCGUGCGGGUGGAGACAAGAGCUGCAUCAGACGAGGAACUGUCUCUGGUUCACACGAAGGAAUACGUUGAUCUCAUGAGGUCCACUCAGAAGAUGACGGAAGAGGAGCUGAAGUGUGUCUCUGAGCGCUAUGACUCCAUCUACCUCCAUCCUAACUCUUUCUCAUGUGCCUGUCUAGCCACCGGCUCUGUCCUCCAGCUGGUCGACAAGGUGAUGACAUCGGAGCUUCGCAAUGGCUUCGCCGUGUGCAGGCCUCCAGGACAUCACGCCCAGGCUGAGCUGAUGAACGGAUACUCCAUGUUUAAUAACGUCGCGGUGGCGGCGCGUUACGCUCGGAAACAGCACGGCGUCCAGCGGGUUCUGAUUGUGGACUGGGACGUGCAUCGCGGUCAGGGAGUCCAGUACGCCUUCCAGGAGGAUCCCAGUGUCCUGUAUUUCUCCGUACAUCGGUACGAGGAGAGCUUGUUCUGGCCUCACCUGCCCGAGGGAGACAGCGGCGCUGUGGGUUCAGGACCAGGCGAGGGCUACAACAUCAACGUGCCCUGGAACAAGACAGGGAUGGAGGACGGAGAUUACGUCUCAGCGUUCCAGAGAAUUCUGCUGCCUGUAGCCUACGAGUUUCAGCCUCAACUUGUGUUAGUAGCCGCUGGCUUUGACGCUGUGGUUGGUGAUCCGAAGGGUGAGAUGUGUGCGAGUCCCCAGUGUUUCUCUGUACUGACCCACAUGCUGAUGGGUCUGGCCGAGGGCCGGAUCGUGCUCGCGUUGGAGGGAGGAUAUAACCUGCAGGCCACAGCAGAGGCGGCUUGUGCUAGUUUGAGGUCACUCUUGGGUGACCCCUGCCCUCAUCUGAACUCGCCAGGAGCUCCGAGUGAGAGUGCUCUAAAGUCCAUCGCUAAGACAGUUUCUGCUCUGUAUCCGUUUUGGACCAGCCUGCAGACUCUGGAGGGAGGCCCUCUAUCCGAGGCAGAGCCCUUACCCUCAGCCGUAUGUGUGGAGAAAUUGGAAUCUUCCGUGAAAGUUACCGGACUCGUUUAUGACGAGCGUAUGAUGGAGCAUCACAACAUGUGGGACAGCCAUCACGUUGAGCUCCCUCAGAGAAUCUUCCGGAUCUUCUCCCACCAUGAGGAUUUGGGACUCGUGGACCGUUGCCAGCGGAUACCGGCUCGUUUAGCCACAGAGGACGAGCUCGCACUUUGUCACGGAUCAGAGCACAUCGCUACGAUAAAGAGCACCGAGCAGAUGAAGCCCAGAGACCUGAACAGGCUCGGAGACGAAUAUAAUUCCAUCUACAUCAGUAAAGAGAGCUAUAAGUGUGCACUCCUGGCAGCUGGAGCAUGUUUCAGUGUAGCUCAGUCCAUCCUCACUGGUCAGGUGAGGAACGGUGUGGCUAUCGUACGCCCCCCUGGGCAUCACGCAGAGAGAGACACCGCCUGCGGAUUCUGCUUCUUCAACACGGCUGCCCUGACCGCCCGCUAUGCUCAGAGCAUUACCCACAACACCCUGCGCGUCCUCAUCCUCGACUGGGACGUGCACCAUGGCAACGGCACACAACACAUUUUUGAGGAUGAUGACAGUGUGCUCUACAUCUCUCUCCAUCGCUACGAUGAAGGCACAUUCUUCCCCUACUCGGAAGACGCCGAUUACGAUAAAGUGGGCCGAGGGAAAGGCACGGGAUACAACGUCAACAUUCCCUGGAGCAGAGCCAAGAUGGGCGACCCGGAAUAUCUAGCAGCCUUCCACCAUGUGGUGAUGCCGAUAGCACGAGAGUUUGCUCCGGAGCUGGUGCUGGUGUCGGCCGGGUUUGACGCCGCUCGGGGUGAUCCGUUAGGCAAGUACCAGGUGACCCCGGAGUGCUACGCCCACCUCACACAUCAGCUGCUGAGUCUAGCAGCAGGACGAGUGCUUGUCAUUUUAGAGGGAGGUUAUAACCUCACGUCCAUCUCCACAUCCAUGGCCAUGUGCACCAGCAUGCUCCUGGGUGACACGCCCCCGCUGCUGCCUCCCCUGCCCCCUCCACACCCCAGCGCUUCCAUUAGCAUCAACAACGUCCUGCGAGCACACGCCCCCUACUGGAGAUCUCUCAGAAUACAGAUUCCAGAGUCUCUGCGUUUGUCCUUGCCUUCUCCUAAACCCAAGACCAAGCACACACCAGCAGGAAAAGGCAAAAAUUCUCCUCCUCAGGUCACCCCUCAGCAGCAGCACCAACGCACCGCUGUGACGACUUCACCAGCAUCGCCAAAUACUGAUCAGGAGGACUCGGGGCUAGACGAGCUCACUCAAGGCCUGCGCUGUCUGGACCUCAGCACAUCUACCAUAUCUGCCAGUUCCAGCCCCGCCUCUGUCCCUGUGGGCGGGGCUAGACCUAAAGUGAAGCCCAGCCCACAGAGGGACUCCACAGAAGUGCAGGAGGUGUCGCCUGUCCCCGUGAUAGAAAGCGGUAUAGUAGACGGUGAUGCAAAAGCCGAGUCCACGCCCAGCAAACAGGAGGAACAGUCAGAACCACAGGCGGAAGAAUCGGACGCCGGGGCAGUGUGUGAUCAGGAGAGUCCUGCGCUGGAGGGAGCGUGUGGUUACACGAAGAAAUCCGUCUUCGAGCUCGUGUGCAGCGCCGCGGACGUGGCCGGGGAUACGAUGUACGUAGUGGACCCUUUGGCGUGGUGCCCACACUUGGAGUCAGUGCGUGCGGUGCCAGCAGGGGGCAUCGACGUGUUCCGGCCGUGCGAGGAGUGCGGCGCCGAGACGGAGAACUGGAUCUGCCUCUGCUGCUAUAAGGUGUUGUGUGGGCGUUUUGUGAACGAGCACAUGGUGGCCCACGGUCAGCUGUCCUCUCACCCUCUGGUCCUGAGCUUUGCUGAUCUAUCAGUGUGGUGCUACUCCUGCGAGUCCUACGUGCACAACAAGGUGCUGUAUGAAGCAAAGAAUGCUGCUCAUCUCGCUAAGUUUGGGGAGGAGAUUCCCCCCAUCAACUAAUCUCGCACUGAAGAUGAGAAGAUUCCUGUGCAGGCAACCAAGAGGGAUGUGUGUGUGUGUGUGUGUGUGCGUGCAUGCAUGCAUGAGGAAGUAACAGACUGGCAUUAUAUAACGCCGUCGAACGUGUGUGAGGAACUGUUUUCACACUGAACGCUCAUCUUCAUUUCCGAACUCGCUCCAAACUCUUCCGCGUCCUCCUCUCUGCAGCAGAACCGAACUCAUCAACCUGUGCUAAUUACACCGUGUCUGUCAAACCACACAUUUCUCCUGCACCGCUUUCGUGCCAGCACUCAUUUCACAGAAUCGCUCCACUCUUUAUUUAUUCUUCAUAGAAACAGCACAGAACCAGUUUCCUAAUCCUUCUAAGACUGAUAGUGAAUAAUGAAGCAGCUCGCGAACAAGGUUUUAAUAACGAAUAAAAGAAGACGGUUGUUCGCCGGCGGGUCGUAUCGGCACGAACACCAGCCAGGUGUCUGAAGUUCAGCGCCAGAUCUUUGAGCACACUCUUAAUCUCACUUUUAAUCAUGUCCCUGUUUGAGGACUAUUUACACGCACAUGACCAAAAACGUAUUACUUCAUAUAACUCGCAAGCAAUAAAUAACAAUAAUAAGUUUCCUCAAACAAAAAGUAGUCCUGACGGUUCAACUCUGUAAAUCUCACUGUUCUUUUGUUCUGUUUUCUUAACUUCUCACUUGUGUUCCUCUUUGAACAAAUUCUGUAUCUGUGCUAUGGCAAAAAAAAAAUUAUAAUCAUUGUAAGUUAAGCUUUUGUAAACUUUGUUAGAUCAAUACACUUUAAAGCUGAAGAAUUA